GCUACAUUCAGUCUUAUCAAGUGGUUAUGAACGAACAGUUUGGUGUCCGUUUGUCUGCUAGAAUUUAUUCAAAAAUUAAAUUCUUAAUUUUUUUCUUUAAAAAACAGUGUAAAUGAACAAAAUAUGGUUAAAGGAUAUCAAAGGAUAUGCAGCUGUUUACUAAUUUUCAUCUUUUCAUUAUGCGCUACUGCUAGUGAGGCUGAUACGUCUAAGGGGGGUGACCUAGACAUAUCGGAAAUUCCCGUGGAAAGAUUUGCAUUGGAUCUAUCAAAUAGGAAUAGACGAGAGCUCGAUAGGCACAUUCUGAGAAAUGCUUCUGCAAUUGUCCAUAAAUUAAUCUUGAAUGGAAAUACGGAAUAUACUUUCCCUGAGAAUGACGUUGCCCUCGAUGAUCCACAUUUGCAGACAUUUCACUGCAUCAAAUGCAACAUUUCUCAGAUUUUCAAGGAAAACUUCUCCAAGUUGCCCCAUUUGAGGGAAGUUGUAAUUCAGGACAAUCCACUUUGGACCAUACAUGAGGAUGCAUUUAAGGAAAAUAAAUUUCUUCAUCGUCUUGAUUUGCGGCGGAAUAAAUUAAAGUCUUUCAAUGCGGAGGGAGUGCUUAACCACAUGCCCAGCCUUAUGUUUAUUCAUUUGUGCCACAAUGAUUUCAAUUUUAACGUGAAGCGUCCUUUUAUUCGCACGCGCUACAUGGUUAGAUUUGAUUGCAUUGGAUGCAAUAUUGAGAUCAUUUCACCGGAGGCUCUAUCACGCAUAGGGAUGCUGUAUCAUAUCAAUUUGAGCCACAACAGAAUUAGACGAUUCAAUCUCACUAUUCCAGGUCUGAUGUCUUUGGAUCUCUCGCACAAUCCUUUAAAUUUAACUGGUACUGAACUGAAUCAGCCCGAUUUGGAGAGUUUCAACUGCAACAACUGCUCUAGAAGCAGCGUCAUUACUGAUGGAAUAUUCGCCAAAUGCAAAUCACUUUUAACGGUGGAAAUGCGUCAUUGUGCAUUGGAAGAGAUAGAUGAUCAUGCUUUCAAGAAUAAUCAUUUUCUAACUCGUCUAGAUGUUGAUUGGAAUAAAUUGAAGCGAAUUCCACGAAAGGUAAUCCAGAUGAGUUCAAUUGAGCACCUCUGCUUCGACUACAAUCCCAUUGAGGGAACAUCUGAAGAUUGGAAGCUCAUGACGGUGUACUUUGCAAGAGCAUUGGGUGCUGAGUGUGCUGUACAGAAGAAUGCAUCCCUUAUGAUGCAACUUAUGCAAACCGUUCAACCCGAUAGGGUACACCUAAUACGUUUACAUACAUUCCAGGAUAGAAUUGUGGAUCUUAGCGAUCGCAAUAUAACAUUCGUUUUUCCGGAUUAUUUUCAAACACACCACGACAACUUCAGUGUUCUCGUGAUGGAUGGCAACAGUCUAUUCAACUUCCAACCCCGAGUACCAUUCACAUUUUAUGAACAAUUGGAAGAGUUUCAGUGCAACGGAUGCGGCAUUGAUGCAAUUUAUGAGGAAACUUUCAGUUACACACCACACAUGAGGCGUCUGGAAUUGAAAAACAAUAAAAUCACGCAUAUCGCUUUGGCAGUCUUCCAUCACAACGUUGCACUGCAGACACUCACCCUCAAUGGGAAUCCCCUAGAUUUACUCUAUGGGGCUGCAUCAUUGAGCUUCCGGAAUUUGGAUGUGGUACUUCCUUACGAUUUACCCCAUCGCAAAAGUCAACUAAAGAUUGUUCCAAGUUUGAGAAAUUUAACGUGCACCGACUGCAACAUUUUCAUUUUACACGAAAACACCUUCAAGCACGUCCCAAAACUUGAAAUUUUCAAUAUAGAAGGACACAAAUUGGCUGCUUUUGGCAAAGAAUUAAAUCUUUCGGCAUCAAUUGAUGAAUUGAAUUUAUUGGGAAAUCUCGAGGAAUUUCCAUUUCAUCUUUUUAACUCAUCAAUUCUACCCAAAAAGCUCUGCAUUAACUACACACUGAUUAAUGCAACGGAAAUUGCUAUGUGGGGCAAAAUGGAGGCGGAAAAUUUCAUAAAGCUCCUGGAAGGUAAAACAUGUCCUGAUUAUAUUAAAGUUGAUAAAGAAAAGGAAGAUAUUGUAAAAGAAAUAAAAAAUCAAUUGAAAAUCGAACAGCGCAAAAUUGAAGAAAAGCGCAAAAUUGAGGAACAGCGCAAAAAUGAAGAAAAGCUCAAAAUCGAAGAACAGCGCAAAAUUGAGGAACAGCGCAAAAUCGAAGAACAGCGCAAAAUUGAAGAAAAAUGCAAACAAAUUCAAAAGAGUUCAACAACUCCUACAACACCAGAAGAAAAUUCGACAAGAAGAUUAAAUGAAGAUAGGGAAGAAGUGGAGAUUUUACACGGAAAAUCAGAUGAAUCUUCUAAUUUUCCAACGAAAAAAAAUCAAAAACUUUUAACAAUGAAUCAGAAUAUCGAUGGUACAUUACCUAAUGCACCUUUAGAUGCUGAUGAUGAAGAAAAUAAUUUCAGUUAUAACGUUCAGCAUUCUUCUAUGAUGUCAAGAAAUAAUGGAAACAAGAGGUUUUCCUCCAAAAGCUUCACAAUAAUUUGUAUUUCAUUUAUUUUUUCAAUAAUUUUUUCCAUAUUUUAAUUCAAAGGGUUAAAAUCUUUAAUAUUUGCAAUUUAAUAUCAGAUAUCACAAUUUUAGAAACUUCUUGCUUUAGCUACUUUCAGAACUGAAUUAGUUUUUUUUUAUGAAAAAACUUCACCUCAGAUCUAAUGAGUGUUACAGGAGAAAAACUGCAGGGAAAGAAGAAACCAAAAAAAAUUAUUCUGACUGAGACUGUUUUUUUGUUUAAUCUUAAGUAUCAAACCAAAAUUUAAUUAAUUGAGGUACAUAUAUCGUAUAAAAAGUACCUAAAUAAAACAAAUCUAAUAAUAAUAAUUGAGGUAUAAAGGGAAUAAAUGAAGAAAAUAUUAAGAUUGAAUGAAUAUCUAUAUCAGAGCGUAGCUAAGGAGGUUGUUUGAAUGUUUAAACCUUUUUUUUUAAGUUAAGGAAGAAGUUAGGAUUUUCUAUUAUUUGAGACUGAAGAGAAGCCAGAGUAAAGGCUUUUUUCAAAGUCAAAAGAAAUUAUUUUCAAGCAUCAAAACUUACAUUUAAUUAGGAGAAAAAAAGGAAAUAUUAAACAUUUUAAAUAUAAAGAAAACGACACACAUUUUAAAGAAACGUCUGGACCGUGGUAAUAUGUUAAGUUUUGGAAAAUAAGCAGCAUAAAUUAUGUCAAAUUCUUAAAAAAGAAACGUGAAACGUUAAAAGUUAACAUAGAAAAAUGACAAAUUUUUGUAAAAAAAAAAGUUGAGUAAUUUAUUAAUCAAUAUUGAAGGUCCUCAAAAAAGAUCUAAAGACAACUUUUUGAUUAACAUAAUAUAAAUGGGAGCAAUUUUGGACAAAAUAAAAGACAAAAUAUUUUGAAAAUACAAAAUAUUUUGACAUUAAAUGUAAUUUUGCACAAAAUAUUUCUCUAAAACUUUUGUCAAUCUCUCCACAAAAGAAAUUUUUGCAAUUUUAGGUACAAUAAAAGGUGAAAUAUUUUGAAAAACUGAAAAAUUUUGACGUUUAAUGCAAUUUUAGACAAAAGACAAAGAUUUUUUGUGUCAAUCUUUUGACAAUCUUGUGAGAACGUCUCCGCAAAAGAUUUUUAUAGGAGAAUUGUAAUUUUGCACAAAAUAAUUUUUACAUUACACAAGAAAUAUUUUGAGUUUUACAAGCAUCUCGUCGAGGUGCUUUUAUAAAAUCAAAAUCUUUUGUCAAACUGGUGUUUACGCGUUGCAUUUUUUAGAGUUUUCUAUCAUGUUUCUCGAAAUAGCAAUGGAUAAUAAUGCAAUUUCGGUUAAUUGUGAAGCUUUGUGCAAAUGGAAUUUGUGGAAUGAUAUGUUUAGCCAAUUUAGCUGUGUCCAUUUUCCCUUUUCGCGGUGUUGGGCAAAAAUGUUAUGGAGAAUUUCUGUGUCUCCGGCAAAAAUUUGGGAGACCGCUGACAAAUUCUAACCCUAUAUAAUCAGGAUUUUGGGUCAGAGAUCCCUUCUCUAUGUUCCCGAUGCGAAUUUUUAUGUGCAAAAACGAAAUAUGUUAGGGCUAAUUAAUUCAAUAAAUAUGAGUCAAUCAAUUCAUGUAAAACAAUCAUAUCAGAGUGACUCAUUAACAUUUUCUUGGUGUUAUGAAAAUCGAACUGAUGAGCUAAAAGCCAGAUGGUUUUUUGGUCUUCCCAACAUCCUUGGGGUACCUAAUAGACUACACCAUGCUUGACUUGAAUUUCCCUAAAAAUUGAUUCAGUUCAGAUUGUUCAAUUGCCCCAAACGUAAACAUAACCUAAUAGGAAUGUUAUCUUCUUCUUAUUUUUUCCAUCUGUAAACUCUCCACUCGAAAGAAAAACACGUCACAAAAGGCGAUAAAAUAUAUCAAAAGUCUCCCAAAAGAUAUUUUAUUCAAAAUUGCUCUUCAUAAAAUGUCUUUUGUAGACUUCACAAAAGACAAAAUAUAUUUUAUUUUGUCCAAAAUUGCUCCCUAAAUAAUGGAAAAUAAUAAUUAAAUUAAAAUUGUAUAGCGCAUCUAUAUACUAGGCACUGAUCUCAACCACCAAUAAAUUCAAUGCAGUUUAUUUAAAGAAGAGUAUUUCUUGAAGUGAAUGAAUUGUUUUUUUUUGACUUUUUUUUUAUAUUUUUCUGCUUUUACAUAUAUUUAGCACAAAAAAAGAAUAAAAAUAAAUAGAUUUUUUGUACUUA